CUUUCUUGAAUUCCAUUAUUAUUUCAUUUCACUUACAUUUUCUUCCCAAUCCUCUCUCUCUCUCACUCUAAAAAAAAUGAAUUUCUUAUCAAAUUUAACCAAGAAUGAUGAUGCGCAAGCACAGAAAGUUCCCGCCGCCAAGGACGGCGACGAUCAGGCCAAGAAAGCACCGGACUCCGCCGCCGCCGCCGCCGCCGGCGAGGCCCACCACAAGCCCUCGAAGUCCGACCUAAUGCACAGCGCUAAGGUGGUUGCCGACGCCGCGCAGUCCCACUUCCGCGCUGAGCCGGAGAAGUUCGACAAGGCCGAGGUCGCCGGCGCCGCCGCGGACCUCCUCGACGCCGCCGCCGACUACGCCAAGCUUGACGACGCGCAAGGCAUCGGGAUGUACGUCGACAAGGCGGAGGACUACCUCCGCCACUACAAGGGCUCCGGGGACCCCGCUGCCGCCGCCAAGCCCGAAGGCGGUGCCCAGGGAGAUGCUGACAAGAAGGCGGACGGCGGCGACGGCGGACUCAUGAAGAUGGCCGGAGAUUUCUUGAAAAAAUAGGCCAAAGGUUUCAUGUUCGAAUUUUUAUUUUAUUCUUUUGUUGAAUUAUUUUUCAGUCUUGUUUCCUUUCUGUUACUGCAGUUACCUCUUUGUCUAUUAUAUAUGUAAAUUCUAGUAUUAGAUAAUUUAAUCAUAAAUCAAUAAUAAUUUCCAUCGUGUGCGUGCGUUAA